UUGCAGCUGCACGACUGCAAAGUGAACUUCAGCAAAGUGACACGAGAACAGUUCGUGUCAACGGGAAGUCUGAGAGCACCUUCCUUCUGACAGACAUGACGCACACAGGUCCAGAAAACUCAGAGGCUUGUGCCACUCCAGACACCGACCAUGACCAAGAGUUGGCUCAAGAGUGCCACAGACUGAAAACUUUUGUCAGCUUUCCAAGUGGCUGUCCGGUCUCUGCAUCAACACUAGCACGUGCUGGUUUCUUUUACACGGGAGAGGGAGACAAAGUGAAGUGUUUCAGUUGUCAGGCAACUGUUGAAGGAUGGGAGCAUGGAGACUCGGCAGUAGGGAGACACAAAAAUAUUUCCUCAGACUGCAACUUUCUUACUGGAUUUAACUGUUUGAAAAAUGAUAUGCAUCCUAUCCUCCAAAACUGCCAGCUCAGAAUUGAAAAUUGUUCUGGAAAUUCAAGCCUUCAACAUGCUUUUGACAGUUCAUCUGACCUAAGAGCAGAUUAUCUUCUGAGAACAGGGCAGGUUGUGGACAUGUCAGAUGCCUUGUACCCUAGAAACCCUGCUAUGUGCAGUGAAGAAGCUAGGUUAAGGUCUUUUCACAACUGGCCAAACUACGUACCAUUAACACCAAAGGAAUUAGCCAGUGCUGGGAUGUAUUAUUCAGGUAUUGAUGAUCAAGUGGAAUGCUUUUGUUGUGGUGGAAAAUUGAAAAAUUGGGAACCUCGUGAUCGAGCUUUGUCAGAGCACAAGAGGCAUUUUCCCCGGUGCUUCUUUGUCUUGGGCCACGAUGUUGGAAACAUCCCAAGUGAAUCUAAUUGUGCUGAGGUCAGCAGGGAUAGUUUAUAUGAUGCAGAGCAUCCAAGGAAUCCCUCUAUGGCAGAAUACGAUGUGCGGCUCAGGACAUUUUCGAAUUGGCGAUACCCAGCUAACAAGGAGCAACUUGCCAAAGCUGGAUUCUAUAGCAUAGGUAAUGGAGAUAGUGUCAAAUGCUUUCAUUGUGGUGAGGGACUGCAGGAGUGGAAGGAGGAUGAAGAUCCUUGGGAGCAACAUGCUAAAUGGUUUCCAGGAUGCAAAUAUCUGCUGGAAGAGAAGGGGCAAGAAUUUGUAAAUAAAGUUCACUUAACACGUACACAGAGGGAUUCCACAAUAGAAGCUGCUGAAAAGACAUCACUUACGGAAGAUGAAUUUUUACAGAGUCAUUUGGUACAGAAUGCAAUGCGUAUGGGUUUCAAUUUGUCUGAGAUUAAGAACAUUAUAGAGAAGAAACUGCAGACAUCUGGAGAAAACUAUACCUCUGUUGAGGUUUUGGUCGCAGACUUAAUAAAUGCUCAGAAAGCAAAUGCACAAGAAGGAUCCAGUGAGAACCCACUGAUUAAAGAUCUUAGUGUGGAAGAGAAGUUAAGACGUUUACAGGAGGAAAAGCUUUGUAAAAUCUGUAUGGAUAAAAACAUCUCUGUAGUUCUUAUUCCCUGUGGCCACCUGGUUGCUUGCAAGGAAUGCGCUGAAGUAGUUGUUAAAUGCCCCGUGUGUUGCACAGUUAUUACAAGAAGACAGAAAAUUUUUAUGUAUUAGUCAAAUGUACAACGAGUGCUGCUUGUGCAACUGGUUCCUAUUAUGUUGCUGAAAUCCUUGUAAAGGUUUAACUGACAGUUGGGAUGAUAAACAGUCUAGCGCACAAACGUAUUUAGAGUGCCUCCAGUUAGGGAUAAUAGAAAGAAUAAAGCUUUAAUCAGUGCCCUAAAAUCUCAUGAAUCAGUAGUUAGAGGCUGCUAUAUUUAUGUGGUUUACAGCACUCACAUUCAACUGGAACUUCUUUAUUCCUCUCCUCCGUUUUUGUCCUGUCAUUUUACUUGAGCUGACAGCCGAGAAUAUGACUCUGUUCUCUUGAUUUUUAUGUAUCACACACUACUAGUUUGUUGCAUGUGCAUAAAUUUAAGUAUACUCAUAAACAGCAUGGGAAACCUGAGUGCUCGAUUCACUAAGGGCAGCGUAGGUUGAAUUUGUAAGACUGCUUCUGUCAUUAGCCAAGCUUCAGAGAGCGCAGAAUGUGGGCAAUAAACUUCAAAGGGGAAAUGACAAAUGGGGAAAAGUCCAGCCAUGUUUCUUUUGCUAUCAGCUGUCUUAGAUUAUAUUUACUAAAGCUAGAAUAGUAAACAGUCAACCCCCAUUUGGGAAUGGGAUGAGGAGAUCAUAGGUUUGGGAGCAGUAACAUUUCAGUGACAGAAACAGAGUUGCUGACACUUGGUUUUGUUUUCAGUCUAAAAUUGAAAUGACUGUCUAAUUUACUCUCAAGGGUUAAUUUUCUUUCCAACUUGGUGAACCAGUCAAUUCCUUAAUUUAUUUCUCUCCCAGGGGAAAAUAGCAUCUUUCUCAAAAUCUCAUAACCUCACUGACCCAGUAACACUUACAGAUAUUUAAAAAUGAUUCUCAUGACAGAAUUAUGAAGGUAACUUCCGUGAUUUUUACUUGGCUUUCAUAUAGUUGACCCUUCUAAAUGUGCAUCAACUCUUUCUGUCCAGUAAAAAAAAAAAAAAAAAAUCAACUAACACCACUUCCACCUAAAAGGCAAGUAAUUAUAUUCUUGUUAUUUACGUGUCACAGAAUUACUUUCCCAAAGCAGCAGCAGCUUUUUGUUAUGCUAAGGCCUUUUGUUUCUCCAGCUAACACUGCCUUUAAAAACGACUUCCUAUAGCCCAGUAAUAAAAGGAUCUGAAGCUAUCACCAAAAGGCAUGCCUCCUUCUCUCUUCCAGGCUUAGUCAGGGCCUCUCUGCACAGAGCCAGUUCCCAAACAGCCUUAACUUUGGUCCUGUUUAAACAAGCUGAAACAAAUAUAAACAGUGAAGGGGGGGAGGAAUGUCUUCCUCAAUUUUUCCACUAGACUCGCUCAUUGGCAACACCCUCAAAAUGAUCAGAACUUGUUUAUAAAGCCAUUACAUCUUUGAAGAAUCAUAGUGAUCUCCUUUAUAUAAAAUGUUUUCUUUGACAUUGUUCAUAUAUAGUUGUCAUAUUGUCAAAGGAAUCAUGUGACGACAGAAACUGCAGUAUCCAAGUAUCUAUUCUGGGACAACAGCCAAGGCAGCCUUCUAAUACCAGGAAUCCCAGGGUUAUGUUUCAUUAGUGAGGAGGGUGAAAGAAAACACACCCGUGGUUGCCGUAGUUAUGCCAACAGAAGUCCUAGUGGUAAACUCUGCUAUAGUGACAAAAAGACCUUUGGCUGAUACGGGUUAAUUGAAGGAACUGGUCUCAGGCAUACCAGCAAAAGUCAUUAUAGGCCUGCCUGGAAGCACCUGAUCCUGCAAGGUGUGGAGGACUCUGCUCAUGUUUUCUGUCAGGGGGAAUGGAGGAUGCACAGCUUCUUGCAGAAGCCUUCCACAAACUAGAAACUGCAAUUACAUAUUCAGAGAAUAAAGAUGUAUUAAUGUUCUUUCAGGAAGAAACACAAAGUAUAUUAGGGCUCUUUUCUACAUCUUCCCUCCUCUACCCCUUCUGGUGAUAAUUCCAAAUGCCUAAUAUUACUGUUCUUAGUAAUAAUAGUACUGUUACUUGAAAAACAGAAGUUGGAAGAUAAGAGUUUAGCAUCUGCUUCCGGUUCAAAGAAACUCUGGACAAGAGUAGAGGGUUGGACGAGAAGUUUUCAAAGUAUUACACCCCCCCCCCCCCAAUUGAUAGUGCCAAAUUUUAAACUUGGGUAUUUCAAAAAUGUAUUUUUUGAAAAACUAGUCUGGACUUUUUCCCCUAAAAAGUUUUGAGAGUUUUAAUGACAUUUCCAACCAUAGGGAAAUAGAUGAUGAAAAGUUUUGGUCUAAUGUUGUCAGGACAUAAUUAUCAUGUGCUUGAAAAUGCUUUCAUUUCAAAUGUAAUGCAUAUUCUCAAAACACACAAUCCAUUCGAAUUGGGCACAUUGAAAGAUGCUGUGAGCGACAAGUGCUAGUUGAGGAAUGCCAUCACUGGGAAUUCUGUUUAGAUAAUCCAACCACUUGGUCU